UCAAGGUAUUAAUUAAGCUUUUUAUUUGUACUGUUUAAACACUCCUCAGAGUGUUUUUCUUACUGUUAACUUUUGACUGUAUUUUGAAUGUUCUGGUUUUUAGGUCAUCUGGUUCUGCAUAUAUUAGUUACAAUGUGUUAAUACAGUUUAGGUGAAUUCAUAUUUUAAACAUGUCAACCUCUUUAGCACGAUUCGUACCUGUGGAGAUCCCAGUUAGAAUUUGUGAUUGUCCAUCAGAGUGUUUGAGGAUCAAAGCAGGAAAGGCUGUCACUGUCGUCACAAUCAAUGGUCGUUAUGAUCUCAGCAUGCCAGAGCUGAGGUGUGAGGGAUGUGAGGCUAGUUGGACAUGUGGAGUACAUGAUCUAAAUUUAACUGAUUACUGGCCAGCUACCCUUCACUUUUCCACUCUAUAUGCAACUGAUGUGCUUUUUACAUUUGAAGAAAUGAAGAUGGCAGCACCAGGUCUCUCCUGUCAAGCAUUUCUUAACAUGUUAGACCAACGAACCGUCCGCUUUGGCCGUACAGGAAAGAUAUCAGCUGACAGCUUCCCGAAAAGUUUUUUUGAGUGGGAAGCUAUAAGAUAUGAGUUGGAUAAAAUGUUAAGGAAGGAUCCCUUCAAGUGUCAAGCUUGUACCCCGGAUAUGCUUGCAGUUUCAGUGGAUGGAAACCGCAAGCAUUACCGUUUCAAGAAUGCAGCAAGAUCGGAGGAACAGGCCCUAUUUCAGGACCUGUUCAUAGCCAAGGAUGAAGACGUAGGACAAUUUGUGGACUAUAUACACAAAUCAACCAAACAUACUUCUGGAAGAGGUGUCUGUGGUGGGCAAUGGUCAGCAGCCAGAGAGACCUCUCACAGAUCCAGCAGCAAACUGGACGAGGAGGGAUUGGAGCUAGCGGUGUGCAGACAUGGGGUGCUACUUUGUGCUCUGAACAUGUAUAGGGGUGAGAUAUUUGCAUACCCCUUGUACUUGCAGCAAAGGCUGGCCAACAGACGGAUCACAUUUUUUUGCAUGGAUGUAACAUGCAAGUACUGGCCAUAUCUUGAGAAAGUAUCAAAAAGCUGUCCUGAGCUCCAACACCUGCUUCAAAUGAAGCCAUUCCUCUCCGUGUUCCAUGCCAAAGCCCAUGACUUCAAAUGUGAGGCUAAGUGGAGUGGAGCAUAUCAAGAUGGUGCUGGCUUGACUCUAGGGGAAGAAGUUGAGCAGUGCAAUGCAUUUCUCUCAAGGAUUGCUGUUACGACAAAACAUGUCAAAAGCUGGUGA